AUGCGACUACCAGAACAGAUCACAAUUUACAAGAACAUAAAGGCAAGCGCUCAUGAGGAUGAUACGCGAUGGCCGUAUGUUGGAAUGGCAACUAUGGCUGAAGAUGGUAGCGAUGCAUAUUUCAAAAUUAUACUUAAAUUUACAAAGCUAGAAAAAGAUGAUCCAAUGACGACAACAUGGACAAUGAUUAUUCUUGCGAUAUUUACAAUUCUGUCAGUAAUACUUGUCAUUGUUAAUGUGAAACAACUUAAUCGUAAAAGAGGCAAUUUGAAACAAAUCCCACGUAAGGAAAGUUCCGCUUAA